AUCCACCAUAAUAAACCCUCACUCGCAGAGUCAUAGGUUUUACUCACUUUCAGAGUAGGAUCUUAAAAGAGACGAAAAUGGCGAAAAUUUGCUCACAUCAAUGACUACUUUUAUGUCUUGUACUCUUCCUCAGCCUUAUUGGCAAUCAGGCAAAAAAAUCAGAGGAAGAUUUGAAGGAAGUUACCCACAAUGUUUACUUUGAUGUUGAGAUUGCAGGAAAACCCGCUGGGCGUAUUGUUAUGGGUCUCUUUGGAAAAACUGUUCCUAAGACAGCAGAAAAUUUCAGAGCUUUGUGUACAGGGGAGAAAGGAACCGGAAAGAGCGGGAAGCCUCUUCAUUACAAAGGAAGCUCGUUUCACAGAAUAAUACCCAGCUUCAUGAUUCAAGGCGGGGACUUUACUCUUGGCGAUGGAAGAGGCGGGGAAUCAAUUUACGGGGAGAAGUUUGCUGAUGAAAAUUUCAAAAUCAAACAUUCUGGACCUGGUCUUUUGUCUAUGGCAAAUGCUGGGCAGGACACUAAUGGUUCACAGUUUUUCAUCACAACAGUGACAACCAGCUGGUUGGACGGUCGUCAUGUUGUGUUUGGAAAGGUGCUGUCUGGAAUGGAUGUGGUGUAUAAGAUCGAGGCAGAAGGCAAACAGAGUGGAACACCCAAAAGCAAAGUUGAAAUUGCGGACAGUGGUGAACUUCCCCUAUAAAUAUAAUCAGCCUGUACUUGUACUAGUCGGUUUCCCUUUUUACUCACACUCACACUCAGAUUCUGAUUUCUA